ACAGUCAGAUCAGUAAACUGGCUAAGCUGUAGGACAGAUAAAACUAAACGACUACUGAAUAAAAGAUUUCAUUCUUUAAGGACAUCUGCUUUUUACUUUAUGAAGAAAGUCACAUUUGAAAAAAGAAUCAGGAUGUCUUUGAAAAUGCUAACUGGGAAUAUACAAUAAUUUCCCGAGGGCAUGGAAUUCUGAUCUCCCACUUGUAAGAGUCUUGACUUUACACUCUUCUGUUGUCACAAAGAAGCAACAAUACCUCAAGAAGAUUUCUUGCAUCUGAUAGCUGAUGAUUAAGAUGGAAGCCUGUGACAAUGCUGCAUAUACUGAAAUGGUGGAGAUUGUAGCAAAUGGCAAACAUGCAGAGGAUUCGGUAACAGAUAUGAAACUUCCCUUUGAUGAUAGCAUAUCUAAUUAUAACAUAUCCUUGGUUUCUGCCAUAUCUCCCAAAGUAUCUGGGAUUGGAAUAGAUUAUACCACUCAAUCCAAUGAUCCUGUGAGACACAAUGGUUUUCUUCCAGUAGCUUCCCUCAGGUAUGAAGAAAGUGAAGGAAAUCCAGCUGAGUCGGAUGAGUUCCUGCCUCAGCCAAGCAGCAAGAAGCAGGCCCGAUUUACUGAUUUUGAAGGCAAGACUUCUUUUGGCAUGUCUGUUUUUAACCUAAGCAAUGCCAUCAUGGGCAGUGGAAUUUUGGGACUUUCUUAUGCCAUGGCCAACACUGGCAUAGUACUAUUCCUCAUUUUACUUACUGCAGUAGCUGUAUUAUCUGGUUACUCCAUCCACUUGCUUUUGAGGUCUUCUGGGGUGGUUGGGAUCCGAGCCUAUGAGCAGCUAGGUCUGAGAGCCUUUGGGACCCCAGGGAAAAUGGCUGCUGCCAUUGCUAUCACACUCCAAAAUAUCGGUGCUAUGUCCAGCUAUCUCUACAUUGUGAAAUAUGAACUUCCGCUGGUAAUACAGGCCUUCAUGCAAAUCCAUGAGAAGACAGAUGAGUGGUUCCUAAAUGGAAACUACCUGGUGGUGAUGGUGUCGAUAUCAAUUAUUCUGCCACUGGCUUUGAUGAAACAACUUGGGUAUCUGGGCUAUGCUAGUGGAUUUUCCCUCAGCUGUAUGGUUUUCUUUCUUACUGUGGUGAUCUAUAAAAAGUUUAAGAUUCCCUGUCCUUUCACAGAGUAUGGAUCAAACAGCACUCUUCUGAACUAUACUGUCUCUCAUGAUGAUGUGAUUGUCUAUGAAAACAGUGGCACUGCCAUCCAUGAUGUUACCAGUGAUCACUGUGUCUCACAAAUGGUUACUCUAAAUUCUCAGACAGCAUAUACAAUCCCUAUUCUGGCAUUUGCCUUUGUGUGUCAUCCAGAAGUGCUGCCAAUCUACACAGAGCUAAAGAACCCUUCAAAGAGAAAAAUGCAACAUGUGUCAAAUAUUUCCAUCACAGUGAUGUAUGUUAUGUACUUCCUGGCUGCUUUGUUUGGAUAUCUGACAUUCACCAGUAAAGUUGAACCAGAACUGCUUCACACAUAUAGCAAAGUCGACCCCUUUGAUGUCUUGAUUCUGUGUGUACGAGUUGCAGUGCUCAUUGCAGUGACCUUAACGGUGCCCAUUGUCCUCUUCCCUGUACGGCGUGCUAUACAGCAGAUGUUGUUUCCUAAUCAGGGAUUCAAUUGGCUUCGACACUCUCUGAUUGCAGCAAUACUGCUGACACUAAUUAACCUGCUUGUGAUCUUUGCUCCUAAUAUUCUGGGCAUCUUUGGCAUAAUUGGAGCUACAUCUGCACCUUGUCUGAUUUUCAUCUUUCCUGCUAUCUUUUAUAUCCGCAUCAUGCCUGAGGAGAAAGAGCCUAUGAGAUCAACCCCCAAAAUUCUGGCUGCCUGCUUUGCUGCUAUUGGUUUCAUAUUCAUGGUGAUGAGUUUGAGCUUCAUCAUCAUAGACUGGACAUCUGGAAGUGGAAGUGUAAAAAGUGGACACUAGAAUGAAUAAUAACCAAACAUCAUCAGUAUUUCACAGCUGCAGUUGAUGGAAUUUCUGAAUCUGGCUUCAACUCCUGCUUUUAUUUUACACACUGGUUUCUUCAAUGCAAGCGUGCACACAUUCUCUGCUAACAGUACUGUAUAGUAACAUAGUUCCUCUACAUUUGAGCCAGAUACUACCGUAGAAUGAAAAGUGCAUGCUGCUGGUGAAUUAAUUUAAUGUGUUGUAUGUAAGUGUUAGCCAAACAAUAAUUUAUUGCACAAAUAUGACGGGGUUAAAAGCUCAGGUUUAUCUAGAAGUAUCAUAUGUUAAAGUGAAUCAUUUCUAGAGUAAACAUUCAAGUCCUGUUGCUGUUCAGGCAUCUGUUUUAGUCUUUUAAGAACACUUAAACUGAAAGCAUGCCUCACGAUAAAUUAUUUACAAGAAAUAUAUUAAAGCAAAUAGGUACUUCUUCUGCACACAUUUUAGUAAAAUAAUUAGUGUGUGUGUGUGUGUGUGUGUGUGUGUGUGUGUGUGUGUGUGUGUGUGUGUGUGUGUGUGUGUGUGUGUGUGUUUGUGUGUGUGUGUGUGUGUGCGUGUAUGCGUGCGCAAGCAUGAAUAUAUUCUCUUUCUCUUGCUCUCUGUAUCUAUC